AUGGCUGCUCCACAAUCUUCAUCUUGGUCAGACCUCCGGCCAGAACUUCUGGGCCUCGUCCUCAAGCGAGUCCCCUCCCUUGCUGAUCGUGUUCGGGUGCGAGCAGUGUGCCGGUCAUGGCGCAACAAUGCUCAGCUGCACCUCCUGCCCCCACCGCUUCCAUGGCUGUCCCUCCUUGAUGGUACAUUCCUCAGCUUCCCGGGUGGUGAAGUUCACCGCAUGCCAGUACCAGGUGAUGCUCGUUGCCAUGGAUCCUUCGACAACUGGCUCUUCCUCGUGCACAGUGAUGGCGGGUGCUCGUUGAUGAACCCUUUCUCCAAGACUAUGCUGCAGCUUCCUAAGCUAGCCACUAUCUGGCCUCAUGAAAUGGGGAACCCUGCAGAGCAACCAGUGUUCUUGAAGUUUGUUGGGCCAUCAUCCCUGGAUGCGUCGCCGGAUUCCCUACUAGCUGCAAUGAUCGUAGACGGCUCUCGCCGCAGCGGGAUCUGCAUCUGCCAGCCCCCGGGUGCCACUGACAAACUGAGGAAGAACAACUGUGACCACAUCUACGACGUUGCCUUCUUCGAUGUGAAGCUGUAUGCCCUCAUUUCCGGGAAGCUCAUCGUCCUUGAGAUUGUUCAGAAGCACAGAUGUCAGCCAAAGAUCUCAUCCAUCAGAUGCAUAUCUGACAACAUCUGCAACCUAACCAUUGCUGAUCCAUAUGAUGGGAGGUACUUCUGCCCCUCUUGGGAAUACCUAGUUGAGUCUGCCGGUAGGCUGCUGCUCGUGGUCCGGAGGGUUGGUGUCCUGCUCCCCCUGCCGGAGCGCGACGCACUGCAGCACGGGCGCACUCUCUCGUUCGAGGUGUUCGAGGUCGACCUGACCAGCAACUCCUGUCGCCAAUGGAGGAGGCUCAGCUCCUUGGCAGGCCAGGCGCUCUUCAUCGGCGCCUACUCCAAGUCCGUCCCUGCAGCGGAAUGCGGUCUACCUCCGGAGGACUGCAUCUACUUCACGUGCGACUACGCCAGAACUUGCCGGGGUCCUCCUCCGGAUCCUCUCCGAGACUCCGGCGUGUUCGACAUGAGGACUCGUAUGGUCACGCCGCUGCUGCCGGAGACGACAGUGGUGCGGCGUGCUGCCCAGGGGUGUCCGACAUGGUUUUUCCCUUCCGGAGCUGUGUGA